AUGCCACCCAGCCCUGACAAGCAGCACUCACCUACAGGCCAUACGCCAGGUAUAGCUUCCCAGCCAUCAAGACCAUAUCCACGCGCCCCUCGAGUUUAUCACGAAUCACAUAUUCGCAUUACCCGUGAUAUGGUCUUUGAUCGCAUCUAUUUCCUCCUCGCAGACAACUUACCCACACGGUGGAUUCAAAAUCGUGAAGCUCUGGUUCAUCUUGCUAAGAGCAUGGCCAACGUUGUCAUUCGCAGUGGUCAAUAUGGUGACUUUGGUCCACACGGCCUUUCUUCACUCACACAAAUUUCCGUUUACAUCGGGCACGAAGGCAUAUAUCAUUACAUGUGUCUAGCGGUACAUCCGAGUUAUGGCGAUGUUCGAGUCAUUUUUAGGGGUGAUCUAUGUGAGCGUGAAGGCCAAGAUCCGAUCAUCCAUCAUGAAGCGAUGGCGCUGUGCAGGACAGGUUUCGACAGGGCAGCUGACAGAUUACAUGCGGAUAUUAUCUCACGGAUUCCUUGGAAUCGUUCUGCUAAUUAG